AUGGCGGAGAAACGCAAAACAUCCACACCAAUCUCCUACCGCGAAGCAGCCCUUGUCAAGCGUCAAAGGCAAGCCGGCGAUGAUGACUUUUCUAGCUCCUCCCAACAGAUCGCCAUCGCCUCGUCCCAAAACGGUCAAGAAAAAGGUCUCAUCCGUUCCGUCAAACGAACCUCGUCCCUCAGCCAUCCCAUCCUCGGCCUGACCGGUGCACACACUUCCGAGGUCCUAGACGUCAAGUUCUCGCGCGACGGUUCUCGUAUCGCAGCAGCUUCCGCCGACCGCACCAUCUCGAUAUGGAGCGUCUACGGCGAAUGCGCCAACAUUGGUCAGCUCAAAGGUCAUUCCAAAGCUGUCACAUGCCUCUGCUUCAGCAACACGAUCAACGAUGCGCUGUACUCGGGGUCUGCAGAUGGGACGGUGAUCGUGUGGGAUUCGACGACGGGCGAAAAGCAGAGACGGUUGAGGGGGCAUCGUGCGGUUGUCAAUUGCGUUUCAGUGACGAGGUCUGGACCGGAACUGUUGGUGUCCGCGUCGGAUGAUGGGAGGAUCAUGAUCUGGGAUCCGCAGGCCAAGGAGCCGUUGGAUGUGUUGGAUGUCGGCUAUCCGGUGACAGCGGUUGCGUUUUCGGAGGAUUCGAGCCAGAUCUACGUUGGUGGCAUCGACAACCAGAUCCACAUCUACGACUUGACACGCAAAGCUAUCGCUCUCACCCUACGCGGUCACAUGGACACCAUCACUUCGAUCUCACUCUCACCGUCAGGGUCGCACAUCCUCUCGACGUCGUUCGACGAUUCACUUCGCAUCUGGGACAUCCGACCUUUUGCACCGGAACCGAAUCCCUCGGAUCCCAAUUCGAACGCCUCCAACCCAAGACUCUACAGGACGCUUCGGGGAACGACAUUUGGCGGGUUCGAGAAUCUGCUCAUCAAGGCUGGGUGGAGUGCGGAUGGCGAGAAGGUCGUGGCGGGUGGGGCGGAUAGGACGUGUACGAUAUGGGAUGUGGAGAGCUCGUCGAUACUGUACAAGCUGCCGGGACACCGGGGGACGUGCACGGCUGCGGUGUUUCAUCCGAGGGAGCCGGUGGUGGUCAGCUGCUCGACGGAUACAACGCUGCUAUUGGGGGAAAUCGAUCCUUGA